UUAAUUAUACUACAGAUUAUCGCAAUUGCUUACUUUAAGGAACAAUCCGAUCAAUAAUUCCUUUUAAAAAACUAGAAAGAAAAAAUAAUUAAAUAGACAUGAUCAGAGAAGAGGAAUUAGAAAUUGCUAUUAAAGUCGUAAUUGUUGGAAAUGGAGGUGUCGGAAAAAGCAGUAUGAUACAGAGAUAUUGUAAGGGAAUUUACACAAAGGAUUAUAAAAAGACUAUUGGCGUCGAUUUUCUAGAGAGAAUGAUAGAGUAAUGCAAUGUGUUAUUAAAAAUAAUGUUUCAUGUUUAUUCACAUUUUUCAUCUACUUUCAGCAUUGAUGGUGAAGAUGUACGAAUUAUGUUAUGGGAUACUGCGGGUCAAGAAGAAUUUGAUGCUAUAACAAAGGCUUAUUAUAGAGGUGCGCAAGCAUGCGUAAUUACCUUUAGUACUACUGAUAGAAACUCCUUUGAGGCAGUUAAAGAUUGGAAAAAGAAAGUAGAAAAUGAAUGUGGAGAAAUUCCCACGGUUUUAGUGCAAAAUAAAAUUGAUUUAAUUGAACAAUCAAUAGUUACUUUUGAAGAAACUGAACUACUCGCUAAAAAUUUAGGUGUCCGGCUUUUUCAAACAUCUGUCAAGGAAGAUCUAAAUGUUUCAAAUGUUUUUCGAUUCCUCGCUACAAAAUGUCAUGAAAUAAUUAAGCAACAAUAUAACAACGUACUCUCACAAAAUACACCAACAAUUAGUCAGUUCAACCCCACAUUUCAUUCAAAAAACAGUGGCACUAUAGUUCUAACUAGACCUUUGAGAAAGUCUAAACGAAAAAGCAUGCUCAAAAAGUGCGGUUGGAUUUAAACUUAUUUAUUGUUAAUGUUAUCGAAAAAAAAUUACAUAAAAAUAUUAUUUAUUAA